AUGGCCGACCUCCAAGGAACACCGGUAACGCAAGAUGCGCUCUCCGUCGCCCAGCUCGAGCUCGGUGGCAAUCCGAACGCCCUGGCGUUGCGCAGGCCUUUCGACCCGGUGGCGCAUGACCUGGACGCGACCUUCCGUCUGACUCGGUUUGCCGAUCUAAAAGGAUGAGGGUGUAAGGUCCCUCAGGAGGUUCUUGGGAAACUCCUCGAGGGACUGCAGGCCGACGAUGGAAGCGCCCAGGAUCACGAACAUGCCCACUUUAUGCACAUGGCCAUUCCGCGCAUCGGCAUUGGUAUGGAUUCCUCCGUAACUCCGCUGAGGCACGGGGGUCUCAGCCUUGUCCAAACCACAGACUUCUUCUAUCCCCUAGUUGACGAUCCAUACAUGAUGGGUAAGAUAGCAUGCGCCAAUGUCAUCAGUGACCUUUAUGCCAUGGGAGUGACGGAGUGCGACAACAUGUUAAUGCUGCUUGGCGUGAGUACAAAAAUGACGGAGAAGGAGCGGGAUGUCGUCGUUCCAUUAAUAAUGAGAGGUUUCAAAGACUCGGCACUGGAAGCUGGCACAACCGUGACAGGUGGCCAAACCGUCGUUAAUCCAUGGUGUACCAUAGGAGGCGUUGCGUCAACGGUCUGUCAACCCAAUGAAUACAUUGUACCGGACAAUGCCGUGGUAGGUGACGUCCUUGUACUGACAAAGCCACUAGGUACACAAGUCGCUGUGAAUGCACAUCAGUGGCUGGAUCAACCAGACCGCUGGAAUAGAAUUAAACUCGUCGUAAGUGAAGACGAUGUUCGGAAGGCCUACCAGCGUGCCAUGGAUAGUAUGGCGAGGCUUAACAGAAUAGCUGCACGUCUCAUGCACAAAUACAAUGCCCAUGGAGCCACAGAUGUCACAGGUUUUGGUCUUCUCGGGCAUGCACAGAAUUUGGCAAAGCAUCAAAAAAACGAAGUGUCCUUUGUUAUUCACAAUUUACCCGUCAUCGCAAAAAUGGCUGCAGUCGCGAAAGCUUGUGGCAACAUGUUCCAACUUCUCCAGGGUCACUCUGCAGAGACCAGCGGAGGACUCCUCAUAUGCCUCCCUCGGGAACAGGCUGCUGCAUACUGCAAGGACAUUGAAAAACAGGAAGGUUAUCAAGCAUGGAUCAUCGGUAUCGUGGAGAAGGGGAGUCGUACAGCCAGAAUAAUUGACAAGCCUCGAGUAAUAGAGGUCCCUGCUAAGGAAAAAGAUGGCGAGCUCUGGUAGAGGACCAGAGGUCCUUUGAAUACCGAUUGAAUAAACAUACGUACACUCGCCGGUAUAAACUAAUUGGGUGUGCAAGCAGCUACACGAGGUAAACGUGCGUAAACACAACGACACUUAUCCUUGCGUACCAUUUGAAAUACGUCGUCGAAUGGGUUUUCGAGUUUCCAAUAGUCUGACCGAGGUUCGCUGUAAGAAAGAAACUGAUUAACUUAGGAUACAUAUAUACAUAUACAUAUAUACCUGUCACUAUUAGCGCCGGUCGUUUACUUGGCUUUAAUUAUUUUCUGGUGAAAUUAUGCCUCGCAUUUUCUGUCCAACACUGCUAAGAUCUCUAAGGAUUAGCUGUCACCAAGUUUACAAGUGUGCUCGAUGUUUUAUUUGGAGAAUGUAAUUCGUUGCAGCCUCGUCGAUUAGAAUGUUUGGUUACUGGGAUGAAAUGCAGUGUCCAAGUCCGAGUAGACGACCGCAGUCUUAGCUGAUAUAGUAUCGAUAACCAGAUAAUGUAUUUUUUUUUCUUUACAAAGCCUUUCACCGUGCACUAUGUUCCUAGGGAGGAACCCUUUCUAAACCCCGUGGUCCGUGACUCGCAAGAGUAGGACUAUUGUUUUCCUCAGAAAUACAUUCGAAAUGCCAGCGGAAGUGUACAAAGGAACUGAAAAUGGUAGUGGGUUGAAUUUUUACGGAGAGUAGAGCGAACAGGAAAGCUGGUAACUGAGAGCAUCGACGAUUACUUUAAAAAGUAGGCGAGGUUGAACAGGGAGUUAGGAACUUUUUUAAACGCAGUCCAGCUAAGUUUAAAUAUUCUUAUGGUUAAGUAUAGAGUAAUGUAGAGUUAGGUAUAGGGUAUGCUCAAGCUGAGUAUCCACCGAUCUUUGCAUUACUGGUUUCUAAUUAAGGAUAGGAGGGAGAGGAUUUAACGGUGAGUUUGACAAGCACGUGCAUGGUAUGGAUCGAUGAAUUUUAUAUAAAUAUUCCGAUUUUCAAAACCAGAAGAACGCAGUUGAAAGAAAGAAAAAGAAAACCCCGAAAAAGCGAAUUAGCAUAGGUGCUUGUAGGUUAACGAAUUUACUGGAAGGGACAUUUUGUUUAUUCAUGUCAAAGUCUGAGUAAGAAUACUGUGUUAAUAGAUGUCGUUCGGUGCUACUUAACGUUAAUCACUUUCCGAGGUCGAAUGCUUUUGGUGUAAUCGCAGGUAUUUGAGGUGACUGGUUUCAUGUGUGGUCAGGUGUACAGUGCUUUGCAAAACUUUUUAAAUCUACUUAAAUAAUCUUCAGGAUCUUGUGAUUUACGGUAAUCGAGUGAAUCAUGUAAAUAAUAUUUGAAUUUGCACAUAAAUUUUACUAGGUAGAAUAAACACCUCUAAAGUAUAUUUUAUUAGUCGCAACGAUAAAUGUAAUAGUAAUUUUCUAUCGUGUAAACGUUGGAUUUAAUUAGAUUUUGCAAUGCUGUCAUACGAUCGAUGCGAAACAAGGGAGAGAAUCCUUUGUCUCGUGAUGAAAUUGCGAAACGGAUUUCUUGGGGUUUCGUUAGAUUGCAUCUUGGCCAGCCGAUCGAACGUCUAAUAGGACACGUGGAGUCUUGACACACUUUGGGGCCUUUCGGUUAUCUUGUUACGGAUGUCUUUUAGGAACUCUGGAAGAUCGCGAACCCAGGCCCGAACGUUGUAUUACUUUUUCAUAUGAAUAAAAGUGCUACUUUGUCAAUA